UGCAGGAUAUCUUUACCUGGCUCUCUCUUCUGGCCAAAGAUGGAGGAAGUUGCAGACUGCCUCAAGCUGGAAACCUCCUGAACUGCGUUGAUGCGCGCGAGCACGCAAGGUCGCUCAACGGUAACCUUCAAUGGCGAAGCAAUCGGGCGCGUGGAUCGCAAUGCAGAAGAAGCGAUGGCCUCUGACGAUCCUGCUCCUCUUCUCCCUUUCCACCGCGCUCGUCCUGAUCACCAGGUUCGCGUCCGAUUCCUGCAACCCUAGCGCCGUCCCCUCCAGUACCAGCGGCGCGCGCUUCGCCGGCGAGGCGGUCCCGGGCGGCGGCGGCGGCGGCGGCGGCGGCGUCCGCUCGCCUCCCCGAGGGUCGCCGCCCAGCCCGCUUGGGUUCAUGAAGUCGAAGCUCGUCCUUCUCGUCUCCCACGAGCUCUCCCUUUCCGGUGGGCCGUUAUUGCUCAUGGAGCUGGCAUUUCUGUUGAGAGGUGUGGGCUCGGAGGUUGUCUGGAUUACUAACCAGAAACCAGCAGAGCCAGACGAUGUCACUUAUAGCUUGGAGCAUAAGAUGUUAGACCAUGGAGUGCAGGUUCUCUCUGCAAAAGGACAGAAAGCCAUUGAUAUAGCCCUUAAGGCUGAUUUGCUGGUGUUAAAUACUGCUGUUGCUGGGAAGUGGCUCGAUGCUGUUCUCAAGGACAAUGUUUCUAGUGUUCUCCCAAAAAUUUUGUGGUGGAUUCACGAAAUGAGAGGACAUUAUUUCAAACUGGAGUACGUCAAGCACCUGCCUUAUGUGGCAGGGGCAAUGAUUGAUUCUCACACAACAGCUGAAUACUGGAAGACCAGAACUCAAGAACGUCUAGGGAUCAAGAUGCCUAAGACUUACGUCGUGCACCUUGGAAAUAGCAAUGAAUUAAUGGAAGUAGCAGAAGAUAAUGUGGCCAAGAGGGUUCUCCGUCAGCAUGUCCGUGAAUCCUUUGGAGUGCGGAAUGAAGAUCUACUCUUUGCCAUCAUCAAUAGUGUUUCCCGUGGGAAAGGGCAGGAUCUAUUUCUGAGGGCCUUUUAUGAAAGUCUGCAAUUGAUUCAAGAGAAGAAAUUGCAGGUGCCAUCUAUGCAUGCGGUGAUAGUGGGAAGUGAUAUGAAUGCUCAAACAAAGUUUGAGACAGAACUUCGUAACUUUGUGGCAGAAAAGAAAAUUCAGGAUCGCGUACACUUUGUCAAUAAGACCUUGCAAGUUGCUCCUUAUCUGGCUUCAAUUGAUGUUCUCGUCCAAAACUCUCAGGCGCGGGGAGAGUGCUUUGGGAGAAUAACUAUUGAAGCAAUGGCCUUCCAACUCCCUGUACUGGGGACGGCUGCUGGAGGAACCACGGAAAUUGUGGUAGAUGGGUCAACAGGAUGGUUGCAUUCUGCUGGGAAAGAAGGCGUGACGCCUCUGGCAGAAAAUAUCAUCAAAUUGGCCACCCAAAAAGAGACGAGGCUAACAAUGGGAAAGAAGGGAUACGGGAGGGUGAAAGGGCAGUUCUUGGAACACCACAUGGCGCAGAGAAUCGCUUUGGUUCUGGAAGAAGUGCUGCAGUAUGCAAGAAGACAGAAGCAAUGAUGAUUAUCCACGAAUGGCGAUAAACCAAAAGAUCGUGAUUUACUCAUGCAUCGGGAACAGCAACAUCCUCAAGGUUAAAAUUAUGCGGAAAUGGCAUGCUCCUGGAAGCUCCUGUGUAUGGUGAGGCUGUGCAUAAAAAGCAAGUCAUGGGAACGGUCCCGGUCUCAAUUCUUCCCUCGGUUGAUGGAUGGUUGAUGGAUGGGGUUACGAUAGUGGAGCAGAUGUCAUUUAACUUCAUGUUACAAUAGGAAAUAUCUGAUCGUAGCUUCUCGAUUCGGGACUGGGAUGGCCAACUUCUGAGUACCUUAAAUUUUUUUUUUUGGUCGAAUGAGUACCUUAAUUUCACCGGUGGGUUUAAUGCCCUUUUGAUC